AAAAAGGGGUUUUCAAGACUCCCGGGCCUAUUGUUUGCCUAGCCGCAAGAGGGCACGCCGUCGCUGUGGUGUACCACAAGGGACCAGUCAGGCAAAUGGAUAUGUGCUUGGGACUUAUAUUGGUGGACUUUUCAGGUCUGAUACCUUCAAGUAAGCAGCUAGACUGUCCCAUAAGUCCGGAGUCAACUUUGCAAUGGUUGGGACUGACUGACUUUGGAAAUCCUGCAAUACAAGAUUCGAUGGGGAUUCUGUCGUUGUAUGUGAUGAAUUCUAACAUCUGGGUUCCCUUCUGUGAUACUACUAAACAAGUGACGAAUGCUUCUGAUGGAUUCUUCAUUACUGCUGUUUUUGAAUCAAACCAGAGUGUAAGGGGAGUCCGCUGCAAGGGCAGUAUGUAUCCCGGGUUCAUACCACGUCCCACUCAAAGUGAAAUACAUCUUGAGGCUGCCUUUGCUGAAAUGGAUACCGAAAAAGCUCAACUGGAAGCAAAUUUGUUUACUUGGUCGUCUCUAAACGUGGAAAAUGUGGAAAGAAAGUAUAAAGAAAAUGCCAUGAAAUUAUUUUCGCUUGCCUGUCAAAAUAAUUUGGAUCUAAGGGCAUUCGAAUUGAUGACAAUGUUAAACAAUCCUGUUUUGGUGACAUUGGCCAUGAAAUAUGCUACUAAUGCAGAUAAGAAAAGACUUGCUGAGAAAUUACUAUCCCUUGCCUCUACAUUGAGACAGAGCAGUGCAGAAACUCCAGCUACAAACCAAAAUUUUGUCCUGGAUAUCCAUUAUCUUCGCAUGAAUUAA